AUGGAGAUUUCCAGCCAGACCACAUGUUCUCAGCCUUGGACCUAUGUUGCCGGACGUCGAAAACCUAGAAACCCGCUUAAGGCUGGAUCAACUUUCAAUGCGAACAAAUUCUAUGCCAAAGCACUCAUUCUCCAAUGGAAAACUCAGCAAAUGUCACCGGACUCUGUGCCAGCUACAAAGUCAUCACGUUUUCCUGUGAUGCUAGAUGCCGGCGAUGAAGUCAAACAGCUUCUAUACUGUUUUUCUCUACUCAUUUCUCCAGAAAGAUCAAAUCAUUGCAGGGGAAAUUCAAGGUCUGCUGGCGGUACGGUCACUGCUUGCGCCCUUCGCGAACAAUCGUUGGCCAAGGGUGUAAAAAAGUAUACCCUCUAUGCCGCGAUGAACAAGGGCAUCGGUACACAAGACGAAAAACAUGUACUUGAGGUUGCAAGAUGGGUUCAAUCGCGGGACAGCGAGAUAAGUGAAAUUUACCAGCUCGUCUUUGAUCAUUUGAGCAGUCGUAUCGAAUCAUACCUGGAUUGCAUCUCAAGCGACUUCGAUGAUGUCACAGUGCUCUCGACAUAUCCAUGGACUGAAAAGCUAGUCGAGCUCCAUGGAGCACUUUCAAAGGCAUAUGAUUCUGGGAAGGAAAGAUGCGAUGAUUGGCGUGCGAGACUUGACCAUGCCGCCGAAUUUGUGAUGGAGAAUCGAAAGCAUGCAAACGAUGAGUUGUUCUGCCUUUCCGAUUCAAGCAAAUUCACGAAACUGGAACAGAUGUGGGAUGAGAUAGAAAGGCUGUCGCGCAUACCAAUUGCUAUUCAGUGCCUAAUUGCUUUCCGACACAAAAUCAUCAACCCCGAGACAUUCCAAUCAGAGCAGAAACUGAGAGCUCAAGGGAUUUAA